GGGAGAUCUAUCACCUGAUGGAGCAGAGGAAGGUGUCGGUGGAGGAGCUGGACUCAGUUCCACUGGACCACGUGCUGGGUGAGGCUGGAGACGCGGCGCUGCUGAGGCACGAGGGCCGAGGAUCUGAAGGAUUUCUGGAGCACAUUUUCAAACACGCUGCGAAAGAACUGUUCGGUCUGGAGGUUCAGGAGAUCACGUACAAGUCUCUGAGGAACAGGGACUUCCAGGAGGUGACUCUGGAGCGUGACGGGGAAACUUUGCUGCAGUUUGCGGCGGUUUAUGGCUUCAGGAACAUCCAGACUCUGGUUCACCGCAUGAGGAAAGGCCGCGUUCCCUACCAGCUGGUGGAGGUGCUUUCCUGCCCCGGAGGGUGUCUGAGCGGCCGGGGUCAGGCUGAGAGUGAUGGGGGGGGCCGUGUGGAUAAAGCUCUGGUGCAGCAGAUGGAGGACGCCUACAGCAGCCUGCCGGUCCGCCUGCCCGAGCUGAACCCCGUCCUGCAGACUCUGUACCGGGACUGGCUGCAGGGCCACGACUCGACACACACACACACACUGCUUCACACACACUACAGCAGCCAGACACACACACAACCCCCACACAUGCAGUGGUGAGGAGGAGGAGGAAGAUGGACCAUGUUAUCAUGAAGAACAGUGUCGGAGCAGGAAGCAGUUCCUCCGUUAGGACACUAGGGGGAGACGUAUGUGUUUAAAAAAACAGGGAGGAUUGAACUGUGCCAAAACCUGAGGAGGAACGAGGGUCCGGAGAACCAGAAAAUACUCUUAGAGAAGAUCAAUGAGGUGCAGGAGGGAAGAGGGGGUACAUUUACAGAGCAAUAAACAGCUGAGGCGUUCAGGGCCGGACGAUAUGGAUCACAGCUGAACAAUUAGUUGGCAUUUAACGAAAAAUGCAAUUUGGACUAGUUUCAUAUCCACCUUUCAGGAUGCACAAUGUGUGUUAAAGGCUAAAUAUGUGUACAAAUGUAAUUGAAGUAUUGUGGGGCUGCGCCAUGAUACAUUUAAUAUACUUUCCAACCUAAAAAAUGACCACUCCUCAAUUGCAGUAUCAGUCAAAUCGUGCGGCUUUAACAUUUAUUAUAUCAAAUAUCACUAUUCUUUUUUGACCAAAUAGCUCGAUGCCAGAAUAUAAACAUGUUUACACAAUUAGAUUAAAGCAAAAACAUCAAUCAUGUGGAUAAAAUGACUUUAAAGACAAUAAACAAAUGACUGUAAAGUAAACAAGAGACGUGUUAUUUUAAAUGACAGGAUAUGGAUCUAUAUUGCCCGGCCCACAAAUGAUGGAUGCUGAAAGAUAAUAACUAUGCAACAGAGUGAUGCUCAUCUCACCGUCUCUCAAACAUCCGUCCACACAGAAUACGAGGCAUUAUAGUUGUUGUGAAAUGGACUCCAUUCUCACUGUUUUCAUUCCACAAACGAGUGUUUUUUUAAGUUAUUUGUUUCUGUGUUUUUGUCCUUUUUUGUUUUACAGAGAUCAAACGUUUAAAGCACUAAAGUGUUCUGACAAACCAAGAGUCUGUGGAUCCUUAUUGUUUACGUGUGUGCUGCUGGUUACUUAUGAAAGUCCCUAAGGUCUUGAAAUCCAGCUCUGGAGAUCCUCCAGCAUGUUCUUCUUUAAUGCUGUGAAUGCCACAAAAGAAAUUCCAGUGAUUGUGUAUUUGAAAAGUGUUUUAUAUAAUAAUAAUAAUCCUUACAUUUAU